UGUGCGUCAUCUCUCUGCGCCGGCGGCGGCAGUGUGAUUGUUGGGGGUUAUUGGGGGUGCUUCCGCGUAGGGCCCGGAGCCAAGAUGCUCGUCGGUGCCUGGGAGUGAGCGAUGGGCAGGCUGCUGUCGCUGGCCCAUAGAGUCGCCUUGGCCGCCGUGCACUGCAGCCGUGGCUGUUGCGGGCUCGGGAUGUUCUAUGCCGUGAGGAGGGGCCGCAGGACCGGGGUCUUUCUGACCUGGAAUGACUGCAAAGCACAAGUGGACCGGUUUCCUGCUGCCAGAUUUAAGAAGUUUGCUACAGAAGAUGAGGCCUGGGCCUUUGUCAGGAACUCUGCAAGCCCAGACGGUUCAGAAGGGCAGAAGAAUAAACAUGUACAGGAAUCACCAAUGAAAGCCAGCAAGCGACCCCGUGAGCCACUGGAUGAAGAUGAAGAUGCAGAUGAAAGCGCAGAGCCAUGUGCAAAGCAUGUCAAACAGGACACAGAAUCCACCCCUCCAGUUAGCAAAGACACGUUUUGUUAUAUGGGAGACUUUGUCGUCGUGUACACCGAUGGCUGCUGCUCCAGUAACGGGCGCAGGAGGGCGCGGGCAGGCAUCGGUGUUUACUGGGGCCCGGGCCAUCCCCUAAACAUAGGCAUUAGACUUCCUGGGCGACAGACAAACCAAAGAGCAGAAAUUCACGCAGCCUGUAAAGCCAUUGAACAAGCAAAGGCUCAGAACAUCAGUAAACUGGUUCUAUAUACGGACAGUAUGUUUACUAUAAAUGGUAUAACUAACUGGGUUCAAGGCUGGAAGAAGAACGGGUGGAAGACGAGUACUGGGAAAGACGUGAUCAACAAAGAGGACUUCGUGGCGCUGGAGAAGCUUACCCGGGGUAUGGACAUUCAGUGGAUGCAUGUUCCUGGUCACGCAGGAUUUGUAGGCAAUGAAGAGGCUGAUAGGUUAGCCAGAGAAGGAGCUAAGCAAUCUGAAGAUGGAGCAAAGUGACUCUGGUACUUGAGGAAACUUGAGCCAGUGGCUGUGUCGCAACUUGUCCCUGCACGGACGGGAAGACUGCAGGCUGGGCCAUUGCCGUGAAUGGGCAGACCCGGCUCUCACACAGAAUCAGGGAGGCACGUGGCUCUCUGUGACACGAAGUGGUUACCUGUAUGAUAAAUUGAACAUCUCUAAGAUGUGAGAAUUGUGUGAGAUUUCAACUUUACCUUUAUUAACACUGUUCUUGCUUGUUUUAUUGCAGUCUGGCCCCAAAUGUCAUGGCUUUGGUUUUGAUAAGGAAUCAAUAAAACAUUGAUUAAAAGAUGCA